AAGACCCAGAAGUAUUUACCAAUCAGGAGCGAGAAUCACUAAGCGCUCACUGAUCACUUUGUUCUGCUGAACGCAGCCACUAUGCUCAGGAUCAGACGGUUAAAUUUAUUAUGACAGAUUAUGAAAAUUAUGAAUAUCUCGACGAAAAUAUGGAAGCAGAUAUAGAAAAUAUAGAUCCUAAUAAAUCUUUAAACUCACAAGCAUUUGAAGUAUUUGAAGAAAUUUUAAUAUCAGAAGUACAAGAAAGGUCAUGUUUAUGGGAUCACAGAUUGGAUAUAAAAAUGAGAGCAAUGAACAUAAUACAAAAAGCUUGGGAAGAAGUGGGUCGAGCCCUUAUAUUGUUGUGUCCGAGCCACAACUGCAAAUUGACUAAAAAUUAUAUCGAGAGUUUUAUGUUACUGUUGCAUGACAUAUUGUUAUGA